GUUAUGUCACACGUAGUAAUUGGUGGCGGUACCGGGUUCAUUGGUCGCCGGUUGGUAAAAACCUUACUAGCGGAGGGCUACGAAGUGACGACGGUGUCGCGUAUGCCCGGCCCGAAACACAUCAGCUGGCACGAGCUGGAAAAGCAGGGCCUACCGAACGGGACGACGGCCGUAGUCAAUCUUGCCGGACAAAAUGUGCUCGAUCCGACGCGCCGCUGGACACCCGGCUUUAAGCAAAACGUUUGGAACUCGCGCAUCAACACCACAGCCGCCUGUGCCCGGGCAAUCGAGCGGGCGACGGUAAAACCGUCCGUGUUUGUUAACAUUAGCGGCGUCAGCCAUUACGCGCCCGGCAGCCAGAAACACACGGAACUGUCGAAGGUGGCCGACUACGACUUCAUGUCGCGGCUCUGUAUCGAGUGGGAACGGGCCGCAACACUGUCGGACAACUCGAUCUGCCGGACGGUACGUGUGCGCAGCGGUGUUGUGCUUGGACGGGAAGGUGGCAUGAUCCAGUCGCUAAUACUGCCGUUCUGGUUUGGGUUCGGUGGUCCGGUUGGUGAUGGGCGCCAUGAUUUGCCCUGGAUACACGUGGAGGACCUGUGCGGAUUGAUACGCUUCGCGAUCGAACGGCCGGAGGUGAACGGUGUGCUGAACGGCGUCGCACCGGAACUCGCUACCAAUGCGGACUUUACGAAAGCGUUCGCUUCCGCCCUGGUACGGCCGGCCUUUUUCCCGAUGCCAAUAUUCGCGCUAAAUCUCAUCUUUGCCGAGGAGCGAGCGGUGCUGCUAACGAACGGCGCAAAGGUGGUACCGCAACGGGUGCUCGAAUACGGCUUUCAGUAUCGAUAUCCCGAUCUACAGUCAGCCUGCAAGGAGGUGGCACAUCUGUUCUAA